AUGGCCGCUUCAAAGCCCGCCUACAAAGUCGCUGAUAUCGGCCUUGCCGAUUUUGGACGUAAGGAGAUCAUCAUUGCCGAGAAUGAAAUGCCAGGACUUAUGGCGAUGCGCAAGAAGUACGGCCCAACAAAGCCGCUAAAAGGCGCCCGUAUUGCCGGAUGCCUUCACAUGACCAUCCAAACGGCGGUUCUUAUCGAGACCCUUGUCGAACUUGGAGCUGAGGUUCAAUGGUCGUCAUGCAACAUUUUCUCCACACAAGACCAUGCAGCCGCUGCUAUUGCUGCUGCUGGCGUUCCAGUUUAUGCCUGGAAAGGCGAGACUGACGAGGAAUACGAGUGGUGUAUUGAACAGGUAUGUAGGCCUAGUGAAUGA